AUGUCAAUUGCAACAAAUUUAACUACAAAGGCAUCUGUUUACCUGUUUGAUGAACCAUUUGCUGGAGUUAAUAAUUCUUCAGCACAAAAGAUAAUAUUUAUAAUUAAAGAGUUAUCUAAUUUUGGAAAAGCAGUGCUUUUAUCAAUACAACAGCCAUCAGAAUAUAUUUUUGAUUUAUUUGAUGAGUUUAUUAUGAUGACUAAUGGAAGUGUUGUGUUUCAGGGAACCAAAGAAGAAGCAAUUAAAUAUUUUGCAUCUAUAGGAUUUAUAAAAGAACAAAAAUUAAUGAAAUAUCCAGAUUUCUUUUUAAAAAUCAUCAAAUUAAAUUUAACUGAUGAAUCAGAGACAAAGUAUAAUUUACUAACUGAAUGUUGGAAAAUUCAUACAAAAGAAUUAAAAAUUGAGUAUACUAAACCUAUUGAGACAAAAUUUAAAAAAUUUUCAAUGAUAAAGAAAGCUGCAACCAUAUUAAUGUCUAAUUUAUCUAGUGGUGAUUUCUUAUCUUCUAUUUAUCAUAUAAUACUUCCUAAUAUUAUAUUUUUAUAUUAUGUUUUCAAAGUCAGUAAAUACGUGUUAAAGAUUCAAAAAGAAAAUAAAACAAAUCAAAUAGAAUUUUAUCCUGAUAAAUCCAGUAAUAUAAAAAUACCCUCUUCUUCGAGUAUAUUUAACAUGCUUCAUGAAUUUAUAUUGAAUGAUACAAGAUUUUGCCAUGAUUUAGUAUUUCAAGAAAUUGAUAAUUCAAAAACUUUUAGUUCUUAUUGGAAUGAUAAUCCAAUUCUUAUUAUUGGAGUAUAUAUUUAUUUUAGACUAAUUUUAUCAUCUUUGUAUGGAUGUGGGUUUUUUUUAAAUUUUUUAAAAAAUCAUAAAGCUGAGUAUAGAAAAAAUUAUUUUAGUGUAUUUGGAUAUUUAUGCGCAUGUUAUUAUGUUUCUAUUCGAGAACUUACGUUAAUGAUUGUUUGGGAUAUUUUAACAUUCCUUUUACUUUGUUCUAAUCUAAAGAUGGUCUUAUUGAUUAUAAUUUAUUAUCUGUUAGCACUCAAUUUUAUUUAUUUAUUGUGUCUAUAUUUAUCAUUAAUAUUCAAUGAAGGAUUGUAUUUUUUAAUAUCAAUAAUACUUAAAGUUUUAUUUGGAAGUUUUUCAAUAUACGCUAAAGGGUUUUUUCAUGCUUUUUAUAUGAUUAUUUAUGAAGUUGUAAAAAAAGUUAAUACACAUAAGAGUUUUACUCAAAAUAGAGGUGGUGAUACUUUUGCUCCUUUCAAUAUAUUUCUCAAUAAAAGAUUCACAGUUGAAAAAUUUUUACGUGGAUUGUUUAUAUUUAUUAGUUUAAAUUUAUUAGUCUUUGUUACAGUAAUGUUAAAACUUAAGGCAAAUCUUAAAGGAAAUUAUGGGAAGUUUUUUUUCAUAAAAGUUUAA